GACGGGAGGAUUGAGUUUUCGGAGUUCAUCCAGGCGCUGUCGGUCACCUCCCGGGGGACGCUGGACGAGAAGCUGAGAUGGGCGUUUAAGCUGUACGACGGAAACACAGUGGAGCUUCCUGAGGAGGAGAACACUCCAGAGAAGAGGGUGGAUCGGAUUUUUGCCAUGAUGGACAAGAACGCGGAUGGGAAGCUGACGCUGCAGGAGUUUCAGGAGGGCUCCAAGGCUGACCCCUCCAUCGUGCAGGCGCUCUCCCUCUACGACGGGCUCGUAUAG